AUGCAAAACGGUGUAGAGAAACAUUCAACCGGGAAAAUUGAAGCAGCGAAGGACAAGCUCACCGAUAAGCAACAAAAGCUCAAAGACAAGCACAACCCUCCGGGAGGGCACGAUAAUACACCCAUCCCAACCGCCCGCGAUGGAUACACGGUCAAAAUCACCAUCCACCGCGCAGAAAACCUCCCGGUCUCCGACCUCAAUUCUCGCUCCUCCGACCCAUACAUCCAAGCCACUCUGACUGCGGCGCUUUCGAAGCGACAUAAAGAGGAUCCAGAUCUGGUGUUGAGGACGCCGACAAUACACAAAGAUACCAAUCCGGAAUGGAAUACUGAAUGGAUUGUUGCGGGCGUACCUUCAAGUGGCUUCCGUUUGAAGUGCAGGCUGUACGACGAGGAUCCUUCGGAUCAUGACGACCGGCUGGGAAAUGUCACUGUCAAUGUUGGCCGCAUUGGCCUGGAUUGGCCGGGGAUUAAAACUGAAAGCUUCAAUAUUGAGAAGCGUAUGGGAAGCAAAAGAGCCUAUAUGAUUCGGGGCUGUGCUGCUAUGCUAAGUAGCAAUGUACACAUGGGCGGAGCUCUGUGGCUCAGUGCUGAAGUGCUUGGAGAAUCUGAGAAGCCGUAUGGGCGAAUGUAUACUGUAGGGAAGACCUUUUGGUUUAAGCAUUAUUCGCCCAUGAUUGGCAGAAUUGCUGGUACGAAGGCGCCUGGAAGCUCCCAAGGUUCUCAGAAUGAAGACAAGCCCAAAGCGGAGAGGUAUGAUUUCCAAGCAAAUCAAUUUCAACUCCAGGGACCAGUUCCUGAAGAACUAUACCACCGAUUUGUGGAAUUCAAGCCCUUCGUCAAAGGCAUGUUCUCGAAAACUGGCGUGCGAGGACGAGUUCUAAACAGAGCUCUUCACCACCAACACGCCCGAGUCUACAACUUCAGCAAUGCAACAAAAAAUGGAAUAGUGAAGCCAAGAUCCAAGGAAGCCUCAUUACAAUUCCUCAAAAUGGUGCACUACGAUGAAGGAGGGCGAAUCUUCACCUACGUCUUAACACUCGACGGCCUACUACGCUUCACAGAAACCGGCAAAGAAUUUGGAAUUGACCUGUUGUCAAAACAUACCAUGCACAGCGAUGUAAACAUCUACAUCGCCUGCUCAGGCGAAUUCUUUGUCCGUCGGCUCAAACACCCUAAAAAAUCAACCGAUGCUCCCGAUCAAGCAACCCAUCCUAACGCCGAUUUCCCAGGUGGACCACCAAACGCCCCUCCUCCCGAAGAUCCCGAGAACUACGAGUUAGUAAUCGACAAUGACAGUGGCACCUACCGACCAAAAGGCGAACUCUUGCCCCUCCUCAAGGAUUUCCUCAACCAGAGCUUCCCUGGCUUGCACAUCGUGACGAAAGAAUGUACAGACAAGGAACUACAGAAGAUGAAGGACGAACAGAGAGAGCGGAAGAAGAAGGAGGGCAAGAACGUGCAUAUGGUGCAGAAUAGCGAUGGUGAGAUUAGCAGUAGUGAUGAGGAGAACUUGGCCAGGGGGAAGAAGACCAGGAAGCAGAUGGCGUUUGAUGCGUUGGAGGAUCCGCGAAAGGUGGUGAAGGAACUUCUGCCUGGUGGGAAGGGGAGGGAGGAGAGGGAGCAGAGGGAGACCGCUGAGGAUAGGGUUGAGGUUGAAGGGGAAAGGAGUGGUUUUUGA